AACUAAGCCAAAGAAGAAAAACAGUGGUAGCGGAAUCGUGGCCGUCACCAUCGUCGAGUUUUCAGUCAACUUUCCACGGUCUUCGUUCGUGCACGCGCGGGCCGCGCAAAUCCAUCGACCACUCGUAAACGGGCUCGAAAACCUGCUGUUUUUCCUGCCGGAAAAUAUGCCCAAAAACCUCCAGAGACCCGGAAAAUAAUCGCGAAAAUGCGCGUCGCUUUGCUCCCGUUUUCCGCGAGCUUACGAUGGUUCCAAAAGACAUAGCGUGGUACUUUGCGUGUUGGGUUUUUACCAUAUUAUGGUCGUGGGACGGGGCCCAGUCAUCACCGUUACCUAUUAAACAACCGCGCCAAGGUUUCGACUUGAAUUCCUGGAUUAAACACUAUGAAAUUGCCAGUUACGAUCCUUCCUUAUUGCUGGAGCAGCAUCAAAGGCUUCGCAGAGAUGCUGAUGAAGGACCAAUUAGACUGGAGGUGAAAGGGCACAACCGGGUCUUCAAGUUGCUGCUCUACCCGGACCGAUCGCUGUUUGCUGCCGAUGUGAUUUUCCAGUCCACCAAUCGGGCCGAAGUAAAGUUCGAUACUGGAGUGGCUUACACUGGAACACUUGAAGACGUUGAAAACUCUGUGGUGCAUGGAAUCUUGACCCAAACCGGUCUAUUCGAAGGCACAAUCUCAACGCCAACCGAAGAGUUUCACAUCGAACCAGUGAAUCGAUACUUCAACCAGAGCACCACUCAAGAACCGACGUUCCAUUCAAUCAUCUACAGGUUGAACGAUGUGACGGAUCCUUCACAAGGCGUGAGCUGCGCCUCCCAGCAGCUCCAUCAGAAGAAGCUGCUUCAAGAGGGAGGAUUUGAACGGUCUGGUCGUAGAAGAGCCAAAAGAUGGUUGCUGCAAGCUGAAGCCAAACUCCCCUACGACGAUGGAAUGUUUUUUCCAAACGGAACGCGAAGACCGUUCAUGAGCAGCUUCGACAUCAGUCAGCAGCAAAUCGAUGAAAUUUUGGAAGUGGACAAUCGCACCCAUGUGGACGCUUCUGCCUUGAUCUUCAAGAACGUGUUCAAACGAGCAACUAUCGAUCCGAAAAAAACCACCUGCAUGCUGUACCUUCAGGCCGAUCAUCAGUUCUUUCAGAAAUACGGCACCGAAGAGGCGUGCAUCGAAGUGAUGACUAGACAUGUGCAAAGAGUGAAUGCAAUUUAUCGAAAUACUGAUUUCAACCAGGAUGGAAAAAAGGACAACAUCACUUUCAUGGUGAAGCGCAUCAAAGUGCAUACUCUGGAGGCUCUGAAAGACCCCACAUAUCGGUUUCCCAAUAACUACGGGGUCGAGAAGUUUCUGGAGUUGUUUUCCGAGGAGGAUUACGAUGCUUUUUGCCUCGCCUAUAUGUUCACUUACCGCGAUUUCGAAAUGGGAACGUUGGGCCUGGCCUGGACUGGAGACCUCAAAAAUGCGGGAGGCGUUUGCGAAAAAAACGGACACUAUCGAGGAAGUAUGAAGUCGCUAAACACCGGAAUCGUCACCCUGCUAAACUAUGGCAAGCACGUGCCUCCUGCGGUCAGUCAUGUGACUUUAGCCCAUGAGAUUGGCCACAAUUUUGGAUCACCACACGAUCCAGAACAAUGCACGCCCGGAGGAGAAGACGGCAAUUUCAUAAUGUUCGCAAGGGCAACGUCUGGAGACAAGAAAAACAAUAACAAAUUCUCGCCUUGCAGUCUCAAGAGCAUCAACCCCGUUUUAAACUACAAAGCGCGAAGCUCCAAAGGCUGCUUCACAGAACCCAAGGCGGCAAUUUGCGGAAACGGCGUCGUUGAAGAAGGAGAAGAAUGCGACUGCGGCUGGGAGGAAGACUGCAGAGAUCAGUGCUGCUUCCCUAUGCGAAGAUACGCCCCUCCAGACGAGCCUCCUUGCCGCCUGACGCCCCGCAGCAGCUGCAGCCCCUCACAGGGCCCCUGCUGCACCGCCGACUGCCAAGUGAAGUUCGGCGACAAAUGCCGCGAAGACAACGGCUGUCGGGACGAGAGUUUCUGCAAUGGACGCCAUCCUCAGUGCCCGCCCUCAAUCAACAAACCCAACAAGACCAUUUGCAACAAGGAGUUUGUCUGCUUCAUGGGGGAAUGUACUGGCUCGAUUUGUCUGGCGUAUGGCUUGGAGUCCUGCCAGUGCAUCCCAGCCAAAGGCGACCCGAAGACCAAAGCCUGCGAGUUGUGCUGCAAACUCCCAGGGGAUCAUCAGCCCUGUGUUUCCAGCUUCGAAUGGAACGAUAUGCCUUAUGAUAUUCCUGAUAUGUAUUCCAAACCCGGAACCCCUUGCAACGACUACUCCGGAUAUUGCGACGUGUUCCAGAUGUGCCGCGAAGUGGAUCCUUCUGGACCGCUGGCCACGCUUCGGAAGCUCCUGCUGAGCGAGGAAAGCAUAGCCAGCUUCAAAAAGUGGAUUUUCGAGUACUGGUACAUUGUGGGCGCGAUUCUGAGCGCCAUUGUGACCCUUUUGGUUCUCAGCACCAAAUACCUGGGCAAACGGCCGAGCCUCAAGCUGACCUCAGUGACAAUAAUGCAUAAUCAAACAACCGAGGCGGUUCGCCUGCCGGACGGUCAGGACGGUUUCAUCGUCCAUCAGGGGAUUCGUUCGAAAGUCCCUCUGAAAAAGCGCGUGCGGAAUGGCAGGAUAAAGAAGCGGCGGAAGCACGGCAAACCCAACAGCAAAGAGAACCACUUGAAAUCAGGUUCCAAGGAACCCAAGCCGGAUGAGGGCGCUGCGCCCAACAACAGCGCCCACAGCUCGAAGAAAAACUCGCCGAAGAAAAAGAAGAGGAUCAGUGCUGCCAUUGGUGCGGAGGAGAGUGGCCGGAAGAAGGAUAUUUUGGAAAUACCUCACAGCAAAGUGAAGAAAUUGCCGCUGAAAUCAAAGAAAAAGAAGAAAAAAGAGAUAAUCGACUACAGCUCGAUCCAGCCGGACAUCGAUGGCAAAAACGACAACACAACAUCGCCAGUGGUGCACGCGGCCAUUGUCCAAGAAUCCACCGAUCCUGUUGGCAAAGUCCACCACUGGUUGAAGAACCAGUACAAUCUUCCGAAGUCCAAAAGUACCCCGGUAGGCUUGACAAAUAUCCGAACCAAGCCGACCAUUAAGCCGCGAGUGGACAAAAACAAGUCGCACAGCGUGUCCAACAUUCCGCAGGAAAAGGACAAAGUGCGCGUGCAAGUGGUGUACAAGCCGCCGUUUAAGUUCAGCUUGAAGCUGAGAAAACCGGAUAAAACGAGUGCGAUAGUGGAACCCGUUAGGAAGUCGCCUAGAACCGCUAUUUUAGUGCAGAGCAGCGUGGCCAAAGUUCCCGAAUCCGCUGCCACCCCAAAGCAAAAGAACGCCGGAAAAAGGACGCAGGGCGUCCCGGCACCCUAUGAUACGAUCGAUUUGGCCACGGUAGAUAUAGAUUCAAACGUGCAUACCGUCCAAAGCGAUUUAGAUGUUUUACUAUCUGAUGAAAAUGAUUAUAUAACUGUGGAAGAAUAAGCAAGCCAACGGUUUUACCGCAACUGAAAUAUAUGGAAUACUGCAGUUUGAUCGGCACGCAUCGGCACAAAAACGGCAAAUUCCAUAUGUUUCGGUUCCAGCGGGUUUAGAAAGGAAAUAUACAUAUUUUAUGGCUGUGGAAUUUAUUAUGUAUUUGUUACAAUAAUUGAUUAUCUCGUUCGCUCGAUUUGUAUUCAAUCUAGCGGCCUUUUGCUGACCAUUUUCAUUCAACUUCCUACGUUAACAUAAGAUGUGAUAUACCAAUAAUCAGCCCAUAAAUGCAAGUUAGCCAUUCUGUUUAAAAGCUUCCUACUUGUGUGUGAAAAUCGAAUGUUUGAUGUACAUACAAAUCUGUAAACUUUUGAUGUUUUAUCAAAAGAGGCUUUUCCGGCCAUUGCUUGGAACUGAUUCCUUACGGGCUUUUAGGCUGUUGAUAUCUGCAUCUUUCCGACAUUUUGCUUACAUUUUCAGAUGUAACCUUUCGAACAAACCCCAUCUGAAGACGCAAGCCACUCGCGCUUGCGAAACGUCCUAACAGCCCGCAAGACUCGAUCAGUUUAUUGAUGUUUUCUACUUAAUUAGCGAUCGUACAUUGAAAAAACAAAAGGAAAUCAAUGGUGUCAAUAUUCCAGAUAUAGUGCCAAAUUGAGCUUUUAUAGGAAAAAGUGUUCCGCAAAAAAACCGUAUUUUUCUACAAACUGUUUUAAAAACUGCCAAAAAAUAUUGCAAUAAUCACUUUUACACGGCUUUGUUUGCUUUCAUACAUUCGGAAACUCUGGAAGGACAGAACUAAUUUAAUUGUAGUCUUCUGUAUAAAAUUAAUAUAACCGAAUAAAAUAUUUUUUCUUAACAAUA